AUGCUGGUGAUUAACUGCGCUUUAAUUUUAGCGCUCAUGCAAAGUGGGACAGGUGAGUGGCCAUCAUCUUGAAAUUAAUUUGAUAUGACAAUAUGCGACAAUAGGCUAUCGACCUACUUGCCAGAAUAUAGGCUAUAUCUGGAAUUCAAGAUCACCAUGCAUAGGCUAUUUUAUGACUCUUAUGAAUAAUAGCCUAAUAGGCCUAUGUUAUUUCCCCAUUUUUCGAUUUGACUUUUUCCCAUAAUAUAGGCCUAAUACUUACGUUGGCUACGCCUAUAUUCGGCGGUAUUAUGGCGACGACGCAGUGGAUAGAAUGUAUCAUAAUAAAUUCCAUUGUGGGAUGAAUUGGGCACACAGUGCGUGCCACCAGCUGACGGUUCCGUUAUCUGCCUUGUUCUCUUUACAGUUAUGAAUGGCAAAGGUUAAAACUAGUUAUCGAUAACUGAUAGCGCAGUAGCUUAUCACCCAGGCCCGAUCCUGACCGAUAUGCUACUCUAGGCGAGAUUUUUUUGGGGUCUGAUUUCUGAUUGUCUUAACUCACAACCACUAAUAAGCUGAGCUUCUCAGUCAUUUUUUCUUCACCUCACACUGUAACCUAAGUCAACAAAGUCAUUUUUUUAAAUAUCCAUUGCGAAUAAUAGUUCCUCAAAUUUGACAAAUCUUUCCAACACUCUCCCCCUGAAUAAUCAACAAGCCUCGGUGUGAAAGAGCAAAAAAGUACCUGUACAGUUUUCCCUCAAGCAAAAAACAGCUGUGUCUGUCUAGAGCUCACGUGCACAGUAAACUCUGAGGCCCCGGGAGUAGGCUAGUUGAUACAAUGUUGCAAGUUUGUUAUAGCUAUAGCUUCCGGCCUGACCCAGUUGAUUGAUUUGGUACAAUGUUGCAAUUCAAUAGAUAGUUCAAGACAAAUAAAAAGGAAGGCAGAGAGGCGAAGUAGAGAGAUAAAUGCGAUUGCAAGAACCUGCAUUUUCAUCAUGAUAUUUUCUAAUGUUUUUAUUUGUCGGCUUUAUGUAUUUUUACUUAGUUGACAAUGGAAGUUAUAGGCCUGCUGCAUUGGCCUAUAGGCCUAAACUAUCUCUGAGUUCCAUGCGCUCAUUUCUUUAGCCACCAAUGGCUCACAGUUUAUCAGUGUCCAUAUGGCAGAGAGCACUAUAUCAAUGUGUCUAUAUGGCAGAGAGCACUAUAUCAAUGUGUCUAUAUGGCAGAGGCUGGUGCUCUUGCAUUAGUUUAAUUUUAACUUGAUAUAUUUGUAUCAUUUUAAUUCAGAUUUGUAUUAAUAACCACGUGACAAUGAUUUUGAUUAACGAAAACGUUAUUAUUUAAAUUAAUAAUUUCCACGAAAACUGGCAUGCAGAUCGGUAGAAAUGGUAGGAUCAAUUGUAAGCUUCCCCAAACUUGAAACUCAUUAUGUCAGAUACCCAAGUUUUUAGGCAUGGCAUUAUCUUGUAAAAUGCAGUUCAUAUUUUCUUCUUAGCAAUCAUCAGCUCAGAAAUUGAUGAAUAUGCCUAAAAACUUGAAAUUGCUCAUUAGCAUGACAAUUUAGCCCACUGAGUGAAACUCCCUGACAGUAGUCUUGAGUAGCCUAAUUCCAUUCAAUAGGCUAUUGUCCAUUUUACUUUGACCUGUCCUGUUUUUAGGAUGUGGUGUGUUUGUUAACAUGUUAAUUAAUAUUCACAUCCAAGCGCAUUUUUAUUUAAUAGUGCGCCAUUUAGGCUAUUUGUUUGGAAACAUGCAUUAUGUAAAAAGUAUGUUUCAUGACAUUGUCAUAAAUUUGGUCGCCCACAGAGGCUAUAUACUGUUUAUACUGUAUAGGCUACAUGACUUAUGUUCGAUGACUUUGACAGAGCAUUGGUGGAGCGCUACAGUGCUGCGUCUCUCCAACAGCACCGCGUCUCUCCAACAGCACCAUGGAGAGGCACGCUGGGCAAGGACAAGCUAUAUAUUGUGUGCCCGAGUUUGGCAAAGUGGGCACUGCUUAUCAUGGGGCAGCAUCAGCGCUCUCCUCAAUAGCCUAUAUGCCACUGGGUGAGAGAAGUUUUCAUUGUUUUGGGGCAGAAUUAUGUGAGGUGCUAUGUGUUGUUGGAGGUGUAGGUCGGAAAAUGCUGCCCUCAUCAAUCUACCACCGCCUAAAUCUAAUUUACCUGAUUUACUCUAAUAUUAUUGGGUUACCGUGGAUGAUGCAACCUGAGAUGCAUCUGCUGCACAUUGCUUCCUUUCCUGCUGGACACAGUGCAUUGACACCCUCCCCAUGGGAAAAUAGCCUUCAAUAUGCAGUUACGAGAUCUCUUAUUUUAUAUUUAUUCUGCAUUAACUCUCUCCAUCCACCCCAUCUUCAGCCUCCAGGUGUGUAGACCAUGCCUGCAGUCCUCCCAUGAGCAACCUGGCCAGUGGCAGGACCCUCACAACCCUCUCAGGCUGCUGUGGGAAUGGGUCCCACCACUCCACAUGCCCCACUCCCCUCCACCCCUGUCCAGUUGACCUCCACCCGCCUGCCCACAUGGUGGAUGAUCCCUUCCUGCACCCAGCCACCUGGUGGGCUUCAGGCGUGGGCACUGACCAGGAGGAGGAGGUCCGUCUGGACCUGGAGACCCGUUUCUGUCUGACCCACGUGGUGCUGCAGUUCCACUCACCCAGGCCCGCUGCCAUGGCCAUGGAGCGCUCGCAGGACUUUGGUCAGACGUGGGAGACGCUCAAGCUGUUUGCACAGAACUGUAGUCUGGCGUUUGGUCUUCCUGAUGACACCGGUCAGCCUGGCUCGCUGUGUACGUCCCGGUACUCCAGCGCUAAGCCGUGCAGCAGGGGAGAGGUAAGGGGACAGAAUGUCUCAUUUACUCUGUGGGGUAAGACACCAUUUUAAAAGCACAGUAGACAAACAGUAUACAGUAGACCCUUAUGUUUCUCAAAAGGUAAUAUUCCGGAUUCUGGGCCCUGGUGGAUUAGUUGACCCCUACAGUCCGGAGGGCCUUUCCCAGCUGACCCUCACCAACCUCCGCCUCAGACUUCUCAAGGCCCAGACCUGCCCAUUAUCUUUGGCACCUUCCACCUCUUCUUCCUCCAUUGGACUCUCCAACCCUCCUGCGGACCUGAAUCUUCCCCCCCUCACUUCCCCCCAGCCCAGCACAGAGCCUCCUGCCUCAGCUCCCUUUUCCAUUUACACUCUCCUGGCUCGAGGGACGUGUCUCUGUCAUGGCCAUUCAGAACACUGUUUACACAGUGGCGGACAGGACACACUGAAGGACAUGGUGAGUGUGGCCUGCUCAGCCUGUGUGUGUGUGUGCGUGCUUUAAAAAUGCUUAAUUAUCUAAGCUUGUCCUUUAUUGUGUUAAAUAGCCGUGUUUAUUGCAGGUGCCUGGCAGGUGUGUAUGCACUCACCACACAGUAGGAGAACACUGUGAGAGGUGUGCCCUGCUAUACAAUGACCGUCCCUGGAGGGCAGCCAAUGGCAGCAGUGGGGAGCCACACCCGUGCCACAGUGAGUGCCCUACUAAGAGGGGUCACUGGCCAGACAGUGUUGGGUUGCCAACUUAAAUCAAGCUCAUGUUGAGAGAUUAUAGUAAUACUUCAACACUGUUUACAUUUCAGUUAUUACGUUUCAUUCAAACAUUAAUAAAAUCUCCUGGAAAAGUUUUGCUUGCAGGGAGGUCAAGACUCCAAGCCAAACCAGGAGUGUUGGCAAACCUACCAUUGGGUGUCAUCUCAUAACCUAUCCUUCCAGCUUACUAACCCCUCCAUCCUUUCUCCCAUCCCAUCGUUGUCUCCCUGUGCUCCAGAGUGUGAGUGUCACGGCCAUGCGCAGAGUUGUCACUUCUCCCAGAGGGAGUGGCUGUCCUCAGGGGCCACCAGUGGGGGCGUCUGUGACGAAUGCCAACACAAUACAGCAGGGCGCAGGUGCCAACGCUGUCGCCAUGGUUACCACCGCCACCCGGCCAUGCCCCUUGGCUCCUCCCACAUCUGCACACGUAAGUCAGGACAACCUAUGGACAAGUGAAAGUAAUAUAGAAUAAUGUCUGAAUGCUACAUUUCCUCUGUUGUACAUUCAUUGUUGUCCCACAUGUCAGUGAAUUCCAGUUAUACAUAAUGUAUAACAGUGCUUGAAACUGCAGGCAUGGGUGUAUAUUAAAACAUCUGUCUCCCUCUAAUGGUGUGGAUUUGUAACAGCAGUAUGUGGGGGUAGAGCGAGAAGAGACGAAGGAGAAAUUAAUGUGUAUGGUCUUGAUAAGUCUUUUUCUCACUCUUUUUCACAGGUUGUUGGUGUGACCCACUGGGCUCAUUACCAGCCAGCUCUGGGGAGGAGGGCCCAUGGUGCCACCCGAGGAGUGGACAGUGCCACUGCAGACCUGGUGUGGGGGGAACAGGCUGUAGCCACUGUCUCCCUGGGUACUGGGGCUUUGGGGAAGAGGGGUGCAAACCCUGUGCUUGUCCCCAAAACUGUGACCCCCACACUGGAAUCUGCCUUGACAGGUAAGCCCUAAGACCAUUUUUCUCUACUAAAUCCAACAUUUCUUAUGUGGCUUACUUUCCUAUUUCCAGUUUCACUCUACAAUAACAUCUUCCCUCCAUAUUCUCGUUGUCACUUCAGCAGCUAUGCAAAUAACCAGGUUUUCAAUGUCCCUAUGGGGGGCAAGAUUCCUGACAUGGACCAUGCCUUGACCAAUGAGGGUGAGGCAGUGUGGUCAAAGGAACUGGCAGUCUCUGCUAUGCACUACACAGGUGAAUGAUGAUGCACACUAGCAUUAGAGUUAUGCACCACACUACUUAAAGCUUGCCGCCAUGGGUUUGAGUAAACAUAUUAAUGUACUGCUGACACUUUCUGUCUAUGGCUCCUUCCAGGGAAAUGCAGCUGUAAGGAGAGGAAGUUGAGGAGUGUCUCAGAUCUCUGUAAGACCAAACAUGCCUAUGGUAAAAUAUUUCCCAAGGUUCUCACAUACUGUACAUCCUACAUUAUUUUAAUUUCCCCCUCACUCUGUAAUGGGCUCUUGGACAUUGGUCAAGCCAAGUGAUAUAAGCAGUGCAUACAGUACUGCAGUGUAUGGCGUUUAAAUUCCGGUGGGAAUUUAUGCUGCAUUAAGUGUACAUUCCAUAAUUCUUUGAUUUAUCUGGGUGUCACUGCUUUCAGUGAUUAUAUUUACAUCAUUUAGCAGACGCUCUUAUACAGAGCGACUUACAAAUUGGUGCAUUCAACUUAUGAUAGCCAGUGGGACAACCACCUUUUUUUUAUUUUUUUAAUUUGUUUUAUGGGGGGUGGGGGAAGAAGGAUUACUUUAUACUAUUUCAGCUAUUCCUUAAAGAGGUAGGGUCCCCAGUGAUGUAUGUCUCCAUGUGUGUCUGUGGCAGUGAUCAAAGCCAGUGUGUUGUCUGCUCAUGACAAGGGGAGCCACGCAGAGGUACAGGUCAAAGUUCGCAAGGUCCUGCGGUCAGGACAGGUGCCCCUCUCCCAGGGCACACACAGUCUCUACCCCAUAUCCUGGACUAGCCGGGGGUGCACCUGCCCCAUCCUUAAUCCAGGUAGCCCAACAUAUACAUCACCAAACAGAACAGAGUAUUGUGCUACUAUAUUCAGUAAUGUUCUAAAUAUCGUCCUUAUUUUUCCACAAGGUUGGUAGCUACUCUGUUCACUCUGAUAUAAGUUAUUCUAAACAGGAUUGAGGCUGAACUCUCUCUCCUCUCCCUCUUCUUCCAGGUGUGGAGUACAUGCUGGCAGGUCCAGAGGAGGCAGGGACGGGGCGGCUGUUGGUCACCAUGCAGAGUGUGGUGGUUCCCUGGACCCCCCAACUGGGGGCCCACAUAUCAGAGGGCCUAAGGCAGGGCUGCCCCUGAACACCAUCUCCAAGCCCAUAACAGAGCACUCUGAAUGGAAACGGACCAGGGGAAUCACUGGUUCAGUAGAUAAUUCAGGAAAGGGACUGAAUCUCAAUGGAUAAGGCUUGACCAAGUGUCUUGACCAAUAACUGCUAUGGAAGAUCUUGCCCAUAUAAGACUACAACCCUGCCAUAUCAUGCAAAGAGGAUGGACUGGAUUCUGGAAUCUUUUGAGCCAUUCUUAGGAAGAUGAUUUAACUUGAGUCAUACCACACACACGGACAUAAAAAAAAACAUCCCUCUGGAAUCUGUUAGACACAAACCCUAGUAUACAAGCUUUACAGACGUUCAAAGCCAUGCCUUUUAUGCCUACUAGGUUCUGUCUCAGUACAUUACAGUGCUGCUUUUGACUGCUUAUAGUGUACGGCCUUUUUCAGUAUCCAGUUCCAAUCAUUUAUUUUUCAUGUGAAGUGUGCUAAUGAAAAUGCAAUAAAUACA